UUUAGUUUAAUGAGCUAUUUAAAAGUUGUUCAAGGAUUCGGAGAGUAGUUAAUCCUAUAAUAUAAUAUAAUAUAUAACAUCCUCGCCGAUUCUUAGACUAAAAAUGGCCAAACUAUAUUCUUGUCUCUCUAUUCUCUCUGUCUCACUGUUUUACUUCUCCACUUUCUUAGUAGCUUUGAGUAGUCACAAAAACAUCACUACCGAUGAAUUUUCGCUUCUUGCAUUGAAAUCCUCAAUUACCUUAGACCCUUAUCAUAUUCUUAGUAAUUGGUCAAUCUCUUCUUCUUCAUGCAAUUGGGUUGGUGUCACUUGUGAUGAACAUCAUGGUAGAGUAAAUGCAUUGAAUCUUAGUAACAUGGGACUUGAAGGUACUAUUUCUCCUCAACUAGGGAAUCUUUCUUUCCUUGUUGUUCUUGAUUUACAUGCCAAUAAUUUUCAUGGUGAGUUGCCACGAGAGUUACUUCAAUUGCAUAGACUCAAGUUUUUGAACUUGAGCUACAAUGAUUUUGUUGGAGAAAUUCCUUCAAGGAUAGGGGAUUUAUCAAAACUUCAACAUUUGGAUAUUGGUCAUAAUAAUAUUGUUGGAUUUAUUCCUCAAUCAAUAUCCAAUUUGUCAAUAUUAGAGUACCUAGAUUGGAGUUCAAAUUUAAUCAAAGGAACCAUCCCACAUGUUAUUGGUCAACUUCAUCAAUUGAGGAUUUUGGAUAUUAGAAAUAACAAGCUGUCUGGAAUCAUACCAAAAACAAUUUCCAACAUGUCUUCACUUGAAGAAAUUCAUUUAUCUAAUAACUCCUUAUCAGGAGAAAUUCCGAAAGAAAUUGGUGGUCUUACACAAUUGAGAAUAGCGAACCUUGAAUAUAAUAUGCUAUUUGGCAACAUAUCAUCAAUGUUCAACAACUCAUCGUUGCAAGUAAUAGAUGUUGGUUUUAAUAAUCUGUCUGGCAUUCUUCCAUCAAAUGUUUGUGAAGGGCUUCCAAAUCUUAGAUUUCUCUAUCUUUUUGCUAAUGAUCUUUCUGGUCGGAUACCAACUGUUUGGCGUAAUUGUAAAGAGUUGGAAGAUUUAGAACUAUCUUCCAAUAAUUUUGACAAAGGACCAUUGCCAGCUGAUAUUGGUAACUUGACUAAGCUUCAGUAUUUGUAUCUUUAUGGCAACAACUUGGAAGGUGAAAUUCCAUUUUCCCUCUUCAAUAUCUCAUCUUUGAUAGUGGUCGACCUUGACAAAAACAAUUUGAAUGGAAGUCUCCCACAAGAGAUGUGUCAUCAACUUCCUCAACUUGCAAUAUUUUCUGUACAUGCUAAUCAUUUUGAAGGAAUCAUUCCACGAUCCAUUGGCAACUGCACAUUACAAUAUUUAAGUUUAACGGAUAACUUUUUUACAGGUUCGAUACCAAAUGAGAUUAGCUAUCUCGACCAACUUGAAGUUCUACAACUGGGAAAUAACAGGUUGAGUGGACCUAUUCCUUCAAAACUCUUCAACAUUUCAACAUUGGAAUACUUGCUUCUUCAACUAAAUUCUUUCUCAGGCAUUCUUCCAUCAAAUAUGGGAUCUGGCCUUCCUAACCUUCAAGAACUACACUUGUAUGCAAACAACUUUGUUGGAAGAAUUCCAAAUACUAUAUCCAAUGCUUCAAAUCUUGUUAAAUUUGACUUGAGUGAGAAUGAAUUUAGUGGGAUUAUACCAAAUUCUUUUGGAGAUUUAAGAUUCCUCAUGUUACUCAACGUAGCUGGAAAUAAUUUGACAACAGAUGAUUCUCUUGAAAUCAACUUCUUUACUUCACUGACAAGUUGCAGAUAUCUCAUAUAUCUUCAAGUAUCAGAGAAUAGUUUACUAUCAAAACUGCCCAACUCCAUUGGAAACUUAACAAUAGGACACUUUUGGGCGGAUUCUUGUGGAAUUAAGGGCAAUAUUCCACUACAAAUUGGAAACAUGAGCAGCCUGGUUCGGUUAUCUCUGAGUAUGAAUAAUUUAAAUGGAUCAAUCCCUAGCACGAUCAAAGGGUUACAUAAACUUCAGUCUUUAAAUCUUAGCUACAAUGCAUUGCAGGGAUCCAUUGUUAAUGAGGUUUGUGAAAUUAGGAAUUUGAAUGAAUUGGAUUUAACAAACAAUAUGUUUUCAGGAGUGUUGCCAACAUGUUUGGGAAAUAUGACUUCUAUUAGAAAGUUUGACAUAGGAUCUAAUAGGUUAACCUCUAGGAUACCUUUAUCCUUUUGGUAUCUCAAAGAUAUUUUAGAGGUAAACUUAUCUUCUAAUGCUUUCAUUGGAAAUAUUCCACCUGAGAUUAAGAAUUUGAGAGCUCUUGUACUAUUAGAUUUGUCAAGAAAUCAAAUUUCAAGCAACAUUCCUUCAGCCAUAAGUUUCUUGACAACUUUAGAAACUCUCUCCUUAGCAAAUAACAAAUUGAAAGGAACUAUCCCAACAUCAAUUGGUGAAAUGGUAAGCUUGAGCUUCUUGGACUUAUCUCAAAAUCUUAUAACAGGUGUCAUUCCAAAAUCCUUAGAGUCACUUUCUUAUCUUAAAUACAUAAAUUUUUCAUACAAUAGAUUGCAAGGAGAGAUUCCUGAUGGAGGACCUUUCAGAAAAUUUGCAGCUCAAUCAUUCUUGCAUAAUGAAGCACUUUGUGGCAAUCCUCGCUUGCAAGUACCUCCAUGUGAUAAACAAAUUAGAAAAAAGUCAAGGACAAAGAUGUUAUUAAUCAAAUGCAUAGUUCCAAUAAUUGUGUUAGUCAUUUUGGUUGUUGCAUGCACAACAGUUUGGCUGCAUAAAAGGAAAAAAGUUGAAAGUCCACUUGAAAAUGGUUCAACUAAUUUAGGGGUUCCAAAAAGGAUUUCUUAUUAUGAACUUGUCCAAGCAACUAAUGGAUUUGAUGAGAGUAAUUUACUAGGAAAGGGAAGCUUUGGAUCUGUGUAUCAAGGGGUGCUUUUGAGUGGGGAAACAGUUGCAAUUAAAGUAAUUGAUUUAAACUCCGAAGCAACAUCAAAGAGUUUCGAUGCAGAAUGCAAUGCAAUGCGCAAUCUUCGACAUCGAAAUCUUGUUCAGAUUAUCAAUAGUUGUUCAAAUGCUGAUUUCAAAUCUCUAGUGAUGGAGUUUAUGUCAAAUGGAAGUGUGGAGAAAUGGUUAUAUUCUUAUAACUAUUGUUUAGAUUUCUUGCAAAGGUUGAAUAUAAUGAUAGAUGUGGCAUCUGCAUUGGAGUAUCUUCAUCAUGGUUCUUCAAUACCAGUUGUUCAUUGUGAUUUGAAGCCUAGUAAUGUGUUACUUGAUGAAGACAUGGUUGCACAUGUCACUGAUUUUGGCAUUUCUAAACUCUUGGAUGAAGGACAGUCUAAAACUCAUACUAAGACUUUGGCUACUCUUGGCUAUGUUGCACCAGAGUAUGGUUCUAAGGGUAUAGUUUCUAUUAAAGGAGAUGUGUAUAGUUAUGGGAUUAUGCUUAUGGAGAUGUUCACAAGAAAGAGGCCAACAGAUGAAAUGUUUGCAGAAGAAUUAACUUUGAAAACUUGGAUUAGUGAAUCAAUGCCAAAUUCAGUUAUGGAAGUUGUGGAUUCAAAUUUAGUCCAACAACAUGGAAAAAGAAUUGACGAAAUUGUGUCUCAUAUAUCAUCAAUUUUGGCUUUGAGCUUGAGUUGUUGCGCAGAUUCACCUGAAGCGCGAACUAACAUGAAAGAUGUUACGGCAUCAUUGAUCAAAAUCAAGACCUUAUUCGUCUAAUGAUAAAGGAAAUGAUAAUAUCAAAAUAUCCUUGUGAAUUUGUGAUUAGCAGUAGCACAUGAGCCUGUAUUUUGAAACCUCCCUUGUCCUUUAACUUCCCUAUGGUGUUUGAAUCUGAUUGUAAUAUAAAAUAAUAAAUAAGUAAUUCUUAUUCUCUCCAACCUUAUAUAUUGUACUUCUUUAAUUUUCUUCUUUUCAUAAUUAUUAUGAAUUAAUUUGUUAUGGAACAUCUUAUAUAACAUAUAAGUCAUGUUGUUGGAAGAACUUCUUUA